AUGACCGAAACUGGUCAUCCCGUGAUGUUGCUGAUGUCGGUUUGGUUUGGUACACAAGCUGACAAGGUCUAUUCAUAUGCUUGGUUUUCGGACUCAUUUGAUGUGAGUGCUAGUUGCGUGGUCAACACUCAACCUAAGCUUUACUUAGCUCCGAGGCUCUGUUACGUUAGGGUUACAGUUGUUUCAGGUCAUGAGUUGAGUUCUAACGAUGGAAAACAAACUCCUUCUGUUUACGUGAAGGCAACUCUCGGUGACCAAGUCCAGAAAACCAAGAUUUCUUUUGGUUCGAACCCUACAUGGAAUCAAGAUCUAAUGUUUGUGGCAUCAGAGCCCUUAUAUGAUACUGUCUACAUUAGCUUAAUCGACCAAGUCGAUGAUCAGCAAGAAGAAUGCAUAGGAAGGGUAGUGAAGAAGCUCUCAGAGAUGAAUGCGGCGGUUAAAGUUCCUGGAACCAAAUUGCCGGUUUCGUUUUAUGACAUUGAACCGGCGGUUGAAAGUGAUUCAAGGCGGCCCUCUAGCAGAAUCAAGAUGAAAUUAGCAACUGAUCAAGGUUAUCACGUCAGUGACGAGUGUAGCCAAUACUCGAGCGAUUACCGAGCUUUCGCGAAAAAGUUAUGGCCCCAUAAGCUCGGGAAAUUAGAGAUUGGGAUUUUGGGUGCUACGGGUUUAGAGACUACGAACGACUUGGGAGAUGGACAGAAGACUACUACGGAUGCUUAUGUUGUGGCUAAGUAUGGUAACAAAUGGGGGAGAACACGAACCCUGAGUUUUCACCAAAGAGGAACGAGCAGUAUUCAUGGGACAUUUACGACAAAUGUACGAUCGUUACACUCGGAAUUUACGACAACUACUGCCGUAUCGAUCAAGCAAAGGAUGUUCCAAUUGGGAAAGUGA